AAUCCCCUCAGGUGAAAGGAAACAUUUUAUGACCUCUGUACUAAGGAUUUUAGGAAACAAUCGAGUGUUUAUUCACUGAAUUCAGUCGUGAGAGUGUCGAGGACUAAACAACGAUGUGGCUGCUCGUGUUCGUCAGUUUUAUAGCGAGUGCAGGAACGCUUGUGAGUUCCCAAUGUCUAACUCAGCUCAGCCCCGAAAGCGUUGUGGUGGAAUACGGACACUCGUUCUCUGUCAACUGCAGCACAUCAUCCAACGGGACGACUGGGAUGGGCUGGGAGGCAAAACAAAAUGGCGUACAAUUAACAUCAGGGGUCACCUUUCUGACCUUAGUGAUCCCGUCUGUUAAACUGUGGAAACUGUCUCCGCAGUGCUACGUCAAUCUCAAAGAUCAUAGUCAGUGCGCAAUACGCCUGCCAGUCACCGUUUACAAAAUGCCAGAAAGUGUGUCCAUGCCACAGCCAAGUCAACCGAGUGCUAUGGUGGAGGGCGAAAAGCGUGUCCUGAAGUGUGAUGUUACCAAUGUUGCACCAGCCAGAAACCUCUCUGUACUUUUUCACAAAGGAAAUAAGAUAGUCUCCACUGAGACAUUUAGUGAUUCCAGCCUGGAGCCAGUCAAUGUAUCAUCAGUUUAUCAUCUGAUCGCCCAUAGAGAUGAUAAUGGGGCUCGGAUCUGGUGUGAAGCCAAACUUACCUUAACAGGACUACAGGAUACCUCAAAGCUCUCAGCGCCACAAGAAGUGAUCGUACUGUACCCACCAACCUUCGACGAGCCUGAAAAUGAGACGCUGGAAGUUCCAGCUGAUGAUAAAAUCAUUUUAAAUUGCACCGCGACAGGAAACCCAGCGCCGGCGUACAGUUGGGAUUCCCCACCGCCCGUACAACAGAGGGCCAUGAAUCCAAAUAAGAUUCAACUCAUCCUCACCCGGUCCCUUCAGUUUCCAGGGAAUUACAGCUGCACAGCAUCUAACCCCCAGGGCACCACCACCAAAUACUUCACCUUAGUCGAAGCUCCAAGAGACCGAUCAACCUUUGGACUCAUAGUUGGAACGCUCGUGGUCCUGGGACUCCUUCUCUUCGUUGCUGGUCUGUAUUUUGUGCAAGCUGAUGGCACAUGUUCACUCAACAAAGGCAGCUAUCAACCUACCUCAUCAGGACCAGUAUGAGGCGCACUUUUUUGUGAAAACUCUGCAUGGCUUUUUAAUCAGUUUGGUACUUUUUCAUGUUUUGGUGAACAUGCUUCUCAAAGAUCCAUGGGUUUGGUGUCCUCUGCAUGCUCAGUUGGUGGACAGCUGCUUUUGCAUUACCGCGGUAGCUUGAAGAUGACAUAAUCCCAUCAGCUGUCUUCAAAGCUCCACUAAUCAAUAUUGUUGCAUACUAACAAAAGAGUAUGUCCCAUGCACUCCAGAAAGCAGGGUACGCAGGUCAUUGAUGUGUGAGUUUUAAUGCCUUGUAAUAACCUGGUGAACAUGCAGCAGGUCAGUAAUCAAGAUCUUUCCCUGAUGCCUAUUUUGGAAGCAUGACUAACUUCUAUGAAAGGUUGUUGUGUGAGUCUGCUGUUACAUUUUUGUAAUCUAUCUUGUGAAAAUAUGUUUGUGUGCCUGUGUCGGAUACACAGUUUCCCCCCACAUUGUGAAUAUCUCGGAACUUUAUAGAAUCCACACUUUCCUCAACGGAAACUUCUCACACUACUUUGUUGUAGCUACAUUUUAGUCUGUUAUUGUUUCCCCAUUUUCUCCACCGCUGGGUCUGAAAUCCUUGUCCUGCACAUGUAAGAAUCUGGACUGUAACAAGGAUGUAAACACUGACUCAAUCAAAUCCUUGUUGCACUCAGGAGCAUGAACAUGCGACUCUGCAGUUAUGCUGAGCUAUUUUAUGUUUGUGCUUGUUUAAGCUAAUUUUGGGGUUUUUUAUGGCGGAUUAACUGAAACAUUUGGGCCUUGUCUGUACUAUUGCACGUAUAUUUUUGAAUUACUAAUUUCUUUGUUUUUGAAAGAAUCUCCAUUCACACAACAUUUGUUUUAAAACACUCCAACCAGAUGUGAGCACAAAAAUGACUUUAAACACUCGAGCAGCCAUGCUGGGCCAGUGGGUGUUCCACAUCAACCAUCCUUUCAACAUUGUGAGAAACUGCUGAGGAUCUCCGGAGUUCUGUGCAUGCCUGAGGUUGUUGUUGAUACUGGCAUACACUAAUUACAUAAACCAACAGUAGAUAUGCACAAAAUGACAUCAUUGGUCAAAAUCUGUACUUUGGAAGGUGUUUAGAAGAAUCUCUGUUUUAGACAGUGACAUAAACUGUAUUUGCUUGUGGACGAGAGCCCAUAACCCGGAGGAAGACAUUCACUUUGCAAUACAUCCACUUUAGUGUGGACAGAGUCUCAUGCUUAAACAGUUUGCAGCACAGGAAGUUCUGAUAAACCCACUUCUGUUACCACUCAAGCACAAAAUGACAAACUAUUCUGAUGAUUAAUAUGAACUUGAAAACAUACUCUUUAUUUUUAUAUAAGUUAUGGACUGCACAUUAGUACUAAAGCAGAGCUAAAAGAAACAUAUAUAUUGCAAUAUUACUCUAUAUAUAUGUUAAGAAAAGUGGGUUUGUCAGCUUAGUGCAAGGUUCAUCUGCCUCUGUUAUAAGACCAGGGCAAACAUUUUGGGUUUUAUCCACUCAGGUACAUUUUGUUCUGUUUUUUUUAAAACAACUACACUACAGUACUUGCUCAAUGGUGCUUCAAAUAACACGUUUCUAUUUUUGUAAUUACUGUAUUCAGUUUUGUGUGUGCUCAUUUAUUCUCUGUAAAAUUGUAUUACCAUGUGAUUUUCUUUUUUUUUUUAAAUAUAUACAUACAAUGGUACAGCUCUAGAAUGUUGAAUUAUAUUUGCACUGAGAUUGUCCGUACCAUUUUUUUUUUUUUUUACAAUAUCAUACGUGAUGCCUUAUUGUAAUUGAACUUAUGAGCCACUAGAUCCUGCAGUUUGUCCGAUGUACGAGUAAAGAUACUUGAAAAAAA